GGAAUGGGGCGGCCCCUUUAAGGUUUUUCCGUUUCGACGGUAAAUAUCGACAGUCACCGACAGAUGUGGUGGUCUGCUCCACUUAACAAGCGUCUCGUGCGUAUUAUUGAGAUGUGUCGGAUUCUUUUUUAAUUGAAAACGUUUCUGCAUUUGUUCGUACACAUACGUAAAUGAACUAGGGCGAAAUUGCUGACUUGCAGUAAAAGCACGGUUGUCAUAUUAAGAUUUAAUCAAGCAUUUUUAGCGAGGCCGAAGGAGGCUCUUCGUUGGAGUAAAUUAUGAUUAGAGGAAGAAGGACGAACUCUCCGGGAGCCGUGGAUAUACCCGUUUCCGAUGAAAAAGACUUGAAGGAAUCGCCCUGCUUGAAAAAGGCGUAAAGGAAUCACUGUUCGUUUUACAGCCAGGAUUAAGGACGUAAACCAGCAAAAUGUCUGUCACCAAUGUGCUGGCCAAGGCUUUGUAUGACAAUGCUGCAGAAUCUCCUGAUGAACUAUCCUUCCGCAAGGGGGACAUCCUGACCGUCUUGGAACGUGACACGCAAGGACUCGAUGGCUGGUGGCUUUGUUCACUUCAUGGUCGCCAAGGCAUUGUCCCUGGCAACCGUCUUAAGGUUCUUGUUGGCAUGUAUGACAAACAGCAAGAUCAUGGAAGUCCUAGCACAACAGAUCCAGCGUCAUCGUGUCCCACUUCCCAGAUGCAGCGACCCCUCCACCCGCAGAGUGAUUUCAAUCAACCUCCAGCCCCAGCUCAAUACACACCAAUGCAGUCUGUUUACUCCACGCCCAAUCUAGCACAGCCCAAAUCUGAUUCCAUCUACAUGAUUCCACCAUUGCAUGGCCCCAAGCCCAAUCCCCAAAUUUUGUAUCAUGUUCCCUCUGGCCCAAGUGGACCACCUCUUAAGGCCAAGACAGACCUGAGCGUUAAGGCCCCAGCACCGAUUCAGUGUGAAGUAUCAGGGGAGGAUGUUUAUCAGGUGCCACCUUCUUUAGGUCUGGGGCUAAACCAGGGGAUUACCCAGGCAGCUUCUUCAGUUUUGCCAGGCGCUGGGAAGGAUGUGUACCAGGUGCCUUCCUCUCUAGAAAAGAGCACCUGGAAAGAUAGCAAGACACCUGGUAAGGGUCUUUCUGCUACUCAAGGAGGCUAUGUCUAUGACACAGUGAAGCCAGACCGUGAUCAGUAUGAUGUUCCACUCAGGCAUCAAUUUUCAACCCAGCAGGAUGUAUAUGAUGUGCCUCCCACCCGUGACAUAUUCCACACACAGGUUUAUGAUUUCCCACCCACAGUCAGUAAAGAAGUUUCUGUCGCUCAUCUAAUAAAAGAGGAGACCUAUGAUGUGCCCUCCCAUUUGUCCAACAAGAAACCGCAAGCCUCCACUCUUCCUGGGCAGUACAUGUAUAGCAGUCCGAAUGAUGAUCACAAACCAAAUGUAAUGCACGAUGAAGAUGUCUACGAUGUGCCACCCCCUACGCUCACCAAAAAACACAGAGGAAGAGAUAAAGUUAGCCAGCUGGCCGAGGAAAUCUACAAUUUUCCAGCUCGCGUGCACCAUGGAGGGCAACCUCCCCUGGAUGUUUAUGACAUCCCAAGAGAGCAAGAGGAGCGAGGAGAGAGCGAAUGCACAAAUAUCUACGAUGUCCCGCCACAGGUCGUCCGUGAUGCCCAAUUGCCAGGUGAGGAGCUGCACAGGGCAUUCAAGCGGCUCUCGGCCUCCAGCACAGGGAGCACACUGAGCAACAACUCGGCUUCAUCCUUGGACAUGCUCCCUGUCACCGACAAUGAGCUGUUCUCAUCAUCUCCUGCCCCAUUUACUGGAAAACCCCUUCUGUUAGACCUGGACCCGGCCAUGGAGCGCCUUUCCCGCCUUCAACAAGCCGUUGAGUUAAGUGUCUCCGUCAUGAUGUCAUUCAUCACGAGCAACUGGCGAAGCCCGGAUAACCUGGAGGGGAAUCUUCCGGCCAUUCACCAGGCCGCUGACCGGGUGUGUUUCACUCUCCGGGACUUUCUCGAAUUUUCCCGGGGUGCCGUAACAAAUGCGGGCCAGGCCACCGACCGCUCCCUGCAGACCAAAUUGGGCCGACAGGUGGGCAAAUUGGAGGAGGUCUUUCAGAGUUUAAUUGCGCAGACUCAAAGUUUAGAUGCCAUUUCUUGGUUGCAUACAGAACUUGCCAAACCACAACCAGGUGGGGAUGUCUUAGAUCAGCUAAUAAUGACAGUGCGUGGAAUCCCAGAUGACGCCAAACAGCUGGCUUCCUUUCUCCACGGCAAUGCCUCGUUGCUCUUCAAACGCAGUCACCAGCAACAGUUACCGCUUCCUCCAUUGCCAGGAGGGAUUAGCUCCCACGUGGCAGGAUCAGAAAGUGGGAGCUAUCAAGCGGGAGAGCGAGUAAACAUUCAGUCGCGACCUUUACCCUCGCCCCCGAAGUUUGCUGCUGCAGAGGAAGAGGGAGGUGUUGACACACCCUAUGAGACCACCGAGGAAGGAUGGAUGGAGGAUUAUGACUAUGUGCAUCUACAGGGUAAGGAAGAGUUUGAGAAGAGCCAAAGACAACUGAUGGAGAAAGGCAGCAUCAUCAAAAACAAGACACAGUUGGAGCAGCAACAGAUCAAACAGUUUGAACGACUAGAGCAGGAAGUGAGUCGACCGAUCAACAAUGACAUGACUGGGUGGAUUCCAUCGUUGAUUCACCCACCAGGCAACACGCUGACGAAAAAUGUCUCCUCCAAGUUGUGCCACGCCGACCGACAACUUCUGCUUUUCUACCUCGAGCAGUCUGAGCAGAACUUCACAACCAUUAACAAUGCUAUCGAUGCCUUUUUUACUGCCGUCAACUCCAAUCAGCUGCCCAAGAUCUUUGUGGCUCACAGCAAGCUUGUCAUCCUUAGCGCACACAAGCUAGUUUUCAUUGGCGACACGCUAUCCCGUCAGGCCAAGUCACCGGAAGUUCGAGCCGAGGUCGGCCAGAGCAGCAACACCCUCUGUAAUAAGCUCAAAGAUGUAUAUAACUGUCUCAGCAGCUCCUGCGGCAGGCCCUGCUUCCUCAGCAUCCUCAGGAAGUACAUCCGCUGCUGGGCCUUGUUCAGGAAGGAGUUAAUGUUGCCCUCCCACUUCAUGUCCUGGGAGGCUGUGGUUCUCAGGAACUUGAAGGUCUUGAUGGUUGAUGCAGGGCAGUUGGAUCAUUUGAAGGGCAGCUUUGGAUCUCCGGAUUGUGUUGCCUGCCUGGUAUUUGGUACCGUCACGUUGAGUAAGGGCUCACAGGGAAAACAACGGUUAGCAAUUCAAAUCAUUGGCCACCCUGGUCUACACAUUCCUCAUUCUAUUACAGAGAUUACCGCGCUGAGCAGUAUCUUGACUCCAGUCAAUCAGUCUCUUUGUGUAAAGACACUUAAACCUGGUUAUGAAUUUCAGGUCGUCCGUGAUGCCCAAUUGCCAGGUGAGGAGCUGCACAGGGCAUUCAAGCGGCUCUCGGCCUCCAGCACAGGGAGCACACUGAGCAACAACUCGGCUUCAUCCUUGGACAUGCUCCCUGUCACCGACAAUGAGCUGUUCUCAUCAUCUCCUGCCCCAUUUACUGGAAAACCCCUUCUGUUAGACCUGGACCCGGCCAUGGAGCGCCUUUCCCGCCUUCAACAAGCCGUUGAGUUAAGUGUCUCCGUCAUGAUGUCAUUCAUCACGAGCAACUGGAGAAGCCCGGAUAACCUGGAGGGGAAUCUUCCGGCCAUUCACCAGGCCGCUGACCGGGUGUGUUUCACUCUCCGGGACUUUCUCGAAUUUUCCCGGGGUGCCGUAACAAAUGCGGGCCAGGCCACCGACCGCUCCCUGCAGACCAAAUUGGGCCGACAGGUGGGCAAAUUGGAGGAGGUCUUUCAGAGUUUAAUUGCGCAGACUCAAAGUUUAGAUGCCAUUUCUUGGUUGCAUACAGAACUUGCCAAACCACAACCAGGUGGGGAUGUCUUAGAUCAGCUAAUAAUGACAGUGCGUGGAAUCCCAGAUGACGCCAAACAGCUGGCUUCCUUUCUCCACGGCAAUGCCUCGUUGCUCUUCAAACGCAGUCACCAGCAACAGUUACCGCUUCCUCCAUUGCCAGGAGGGAUUAGCUCCCACGUGGCAGGAUCAGAAAGUGGGAGCUAUCAAGCGGGAGAGCGAGUAAACAUUCAGUCGCGACCUUUACCCUCGCCCCCGAAGUUUGCUGCUGCAGAGGAAGAGGGAGGUGUUGACACACCCUAUGAGACCACCGAGGAAGGAUGGAUGGAGGAUUAUGACUAUGUGCAUCUACAGGGUAAGGAAGAGUUUGAGAAGAGCCAAAGACAACUGAUGGAGAAAGGCAGCAUCAUCAAAAACAAGACACAGUUGGAGCAGCAACAGAUCAAACAGUUUGAACGACUAGAGCAGGAAGUGAGUCGACCGAUCAACAAUGACAUGACUGGGUGGAUUCCAUCGUUGAUUCACCCACCAGGCAACACGCUGACGAAAAAUGUCUCCUCCAAGUUGUGCCACGCCGACCGACAACUUCUGCUUUUCUACCUCGAGCAGUCUGAGCAGAACUUCACAACCAUUAACAAUGCUAUCGAUGCCUUUUUUACUGCCGUCAACUCCAAUCAGCUGCCCAAGAUCUUUGUGGCUCACAGCAAGCUUGUCAUCCUUAGCGCACACAAGCUAGUUUUCAUUGGCGACACGCUAUCCCGUCAGGCCAAGUCACCGGAAGUUCGAGCCGAGGUCGGCCAGAGCAGCAACACCCUCUGUAAUAAGCUCAAAGACAUUGUCAUCAGUACAAAGACAGCAGCACUGCAAUAUCCAUCACCUGGAGCGGCCAGGGACAUGAGUGAAAAGGUGAGGGAGCUGGCAGGAUGUACCCAGCAAUUCAAAAUGGUGCUUGGACAGCUGUUGAUGCUAUAGAAUCACCGCGAUAUUGACAAAAGAGAGAAGACAAAAGCUGGAAGUCCUCCUUGGCAUGCUGAGUGGUUACCAAGCGGCAUCGUUCAUAGAGGAAACACAAAAAGCGUCUGGACACUGUUAUUUGCUCUUCUGUAAUAUAUGAGAGAUGCUAUGGAACUCUGGAUCCAAUGAGUCAAUGACAAUUUCCGACAUACAGGAAUGGAUUUCACAGAACCUACAGCUUUUCUGUGUGUGUGUGUGUGUGUGU